AAUAACUACAAGCUAACAAAUUUAUUUUCCUCCAAUUUGCGUUUUUGUCUUUAUCGGAAAAUUAGGUAUACGCUUGAUAACAUUGAUAUAUUUUCUCCACCUGUUAUUAAUUAUGGCGAGUGAAGAUCUAGAAACGCUGGCAACAUUGAACUAUUACAUGCUGGAGCAUUGCUUUCGCCAUGUUCAAAUGGCUGCAUUGGAUGCUACAAGAAAGUUUGGCUCAGAUCCCGUUCUUGUGUUUUAUAAAGGAUUAGCUAUGUUAGCAGAAGGAAGAGUUCAUGAAAGUAUGGCAGAAGUUGAAAGUAUAAGAGACAAACCUAAUCUUACUUUAGCUUCAAGUUUGCUUCUUUCAAUUGCACAAAGCAAAUUACCAAAUGCUGGUAAGAUGUUCAAUCAAGCCAUUAUUUCAUUUCCCAAUUUCACACCAGCGUUACUUGAACGUGCAAGAAUAUAUUUAGCUGUGCAGGACUGGGACCAAAUGAUGGAAACAAUAGGAAGAUUGCUGGUAAUUAAUGCUCACUAUCCAGAAGCACUACGAAUGCAAAUCCUGUAUCUGCUUAUUCAUCAAGGAAAAUAUGCAGAAGCAGUUAACAGACUGGGUGAACUCAUUCAAGUUAUUGAUCGUUUUGAACCACAGAAUUCUGAACUUUACUACACAUCAGCCAAGCUAUUUUCCACAAUUUGUGGGCGAAACCAGUCAAUUAUAAAACAAACAUAUACUUUGAUUGAACGAGCUGUCAGUCUUGAUUCCAGCAAUGUAGAUUAUGCAAAUGAGAUGGGAUUUCAUUUGUAUUUGAUGGGUCAAAGAAAAGAUGCAAUAAAAUGUUACAGGAACGCAAUGAACAUUGAUGAAAGUAGCAUUGCUGCUUUACUUGGCAUCCUACUUUGUCAACUUGAUGAAAACAAAACAUCAGGAGAAUCUUAUGAUGAUAUAACUGAACAACUUGACUUUCUUAUUCAACUACAGGAUCCAAAUAAUAUUGAUCAUGAAAUUUCUUAUUUGAAAGCAGUUGUAUCUCGAAUGACUGGCUUGCCUCAACAAAAAGUGUUGAAACAUUUAUCUGAUGCUGAGAAUGUUCACACCAGCACUCACCAAAUGCUUCCAAGUGUCGAGUUUUUCACAAAGUUUAAUCCGGACUUCAAACUCAACCUUGUUCGUGAGUUUUUGAAGAUAUCUCCAUCAGAGCCAAUCAGACAUGGUGAACCAAUACCAGCUUCUUUAAGUAAAUGUAAAAAUAUGUUGGAUUCGAUUACAUUAUAUGUACCUGGACUGUUGGACGCAUUGUAUUUAUCAGCUAAAGUGAAGUUUUUAUCAGGAGGUGCUGAUGCUGCAGUCAGCACAUUACAACAGUGUCUCAACCAAGAUUCUACUUACGGAGAUGCUUAUUUGUUACUUGCACAAAUACAUCAACACAAAGGAAACCACACAGCAGCUUCUCAGUGCUUGGAUUCAGCACUCAGUUACAAUUUUGAGGUGCGUCAACACCCACUUUAUCAUUUGAUCAAAGCAGUUUCUCUUAAACAUUCAGGCAAAGUUGAUGAAAGUAUUCAAACUUUAAAGAUGGCGCUUGCCAUCCCAGGUGUAAAACAUCCUUCAUCUGCUCAUAAACAAGGAGGCAAAGUUGUUGAAUCUGGUGAUCGAGUUUCGAUUUUUCUAGAACUAGCUGAAGUACAUUUGGCAAAUAACGAACAACAUGAAGCUGCAAAAGUAAUGCAAGAUGCUCUAACCGCAUUCCGUGGAACCCCGGAAGAGAUGCGAGUGAUUGUGGCAAAUGCUGAUCUAUCUGUACAUAGAGGUGACAUUGAACAUGCGAUAACAAUGUUAAGAAGCAUCACACCAGACCAACCCUACCAUGUUCAGGCCAAACAGAAAUUAGCGCAAAUUUAUCUUCAUGACAAGAAAGAUAAAAAGUUGUUCAUCAGUUGCUACAGGGAGCUUGUACAAAUAGAUCCAUCACCAUCUGCUUGUCUAUUGCUUGGAGAUGCUUACAUGAGCAUACAAGAGCCAAGAGAAGCAAUUGAAGUUUAUGAACAAGCUUUGAAACAAAACCCUUCAGAUGCUGGACUUGCUAACAAGAUUGGACAAGCUCUUAUUAAAACUCAUGAUUUUAAAAAGGCAAUUGCUUAUUAUGAAACAGCUAUGAAAACUGGAAAACAAACCAAUAUGAAAUUUGAGCUUGCGGAUUUGUUAAUUCAACUGAAACAUUACAAUAAAGCCGAAAGAGUUCUUUUACAGGUAUCACAGGACGAUGGUGGUGAACUCGAUUCUGCGAUGAAUGAAACACGCCGGUUGUUGCUUCUUUCAUCGCUGCAUGAACAAACCGGACGUCAUGCUGAUCAACUUGACGCACUCACCCAAGCAAGAGACACACAGAACUGGAAACAAACCGAUAUGAAUUUGAGCUGCGAUUUUGUAAUUCAACUGAAACAUUACAAUAAAGCAGAAAGAGUUCUUUUACAGGUAUCACAGGACGAUGGUGGUGAACUCGAAUCUGCGAUGAAUGAAACACGCCGGUUGUUGCUUCUUGCAUCGCUGCAUGAACAAACCGGACGUCAUGCUGAUCAACUUGAUGCACUCACCCAAGCAAGAGACACACAGGCUCGUGUUUUAAAACGAAUUCAAGUGGAACAACCCGAUGCUGUUGUUGACCAGAAAGCAUUAGCUGCUAGUAUCUGUUGUAAGAUGGCUAAACAUUGUCAAAUACAUGAGAAUGAUAUACAACAAGCUAUCAAAUAUCAUAAGGAAGCAUUAAUAUAUGAUGAAACAGAUUCAAAGAUAAUGUUGGACCUUGCAAAACUAUUUAUAUCAUCUGGUGAUUUGGAUGCUUGUCAACAAUAUUGUAUGCAAGUGUUAAGAACAUCAAACAAUAAUGAGGACCAAGCAAGCAUGAUGAUGGCAGAUGUGAUGUUUAAUAAAAACCAAUAUAACGACGCUAUAUAUCAUUAUGAACAACUUUUGAAGGCAAGACCCGACCAUUACGAGGCACUUGCCAGAUUGAUUGGCCUCCUUCAUAGAAGAGGUCAACUACGCGAUACUUCUCGAUAUUUAGAACUUGCAAAAGUUAAAGUUGGCGAAGGGAAAGUAGAUAUGGAUGCUGGAUAUCAAUAUUGUAAAGGUUUAUAUGAAUGGUAUUGUGGGAAAACUCGUUCAGCUGUUGAAAUGUUCAACAUGGCACGAUGUGACUCAGAAUGGAAUGAAAAAGCUGUCGAGAACAUGAUUCGAAUUUGUUUAAAUCCUGACAAAUCUACUUUGGGUGGGGAAGCUUUCGAAAGUUUGCAGGGAAGUGGUGAAAAUAAUAAUAAUGCAAUAUCCACUGCUGAAAGAUUGAUCAAAGAAUUUAAAUCAAGUGAUUCGUUGAAAGUCCAAGUGCUUGAGAAUCUUGUGUUGAUUGCAACCAAGAACAAAACGAAUAUCGAGCGAGCAUUAUCUUCGUUUGUCAACAUGGGGCAGACAAAGAAAGAUUAUGUUCCUGCUAUUGUAGGAAUGGCAGUAGCCUAUGUUAUGCUGAAACAAACUCCUAAAGCAAGAAACCAACUCAAGAGAGUUGCAAAGAUGCAAUGGACUUCUGAAGAAGCUGAUGAGUUCGAGCAUGCGUGGUUAUUACUUGCUGAUAUUUACAUACAAGCUUCAAAGUAUGACAUGGCAACAGAGCUGCUUAAAAAGUGUCUUGAACAUAACAAGUCUUGCUGCAAAGCUUAUGAGUAUACAGGAUUCAUAUAUGAAAAGCAAAUGUCGUACAAAGAUGCUGCAACACAUUAUGAGAAGGCUUGGGAGUAUAGCAACCAGAGUGACCCUGUGAUUGGUUACAAAUUAGCGUUUAACUACUUAAAGGCAAAACGCAACGCUGAUGCAAUUGAUAUAGCUCAUAAAGUUCUUGCAACAAAUCCAAACUAUCCGCGAAUGAAGAAAGAAAUAUUAGAUAAAGCACGAGCUACAAUUCGUGUCUAGUGGAUGUGGAAAAUAUGUGCAGUUUAUAAACUGCUUUUAUAAUGUUCGUAUUUGUUCUUUUUAUGUAGAAUCACUUUAAAGUUGUUUGUUUUUAUGUUUCUUUACUAACAUGUGCUUUCGUAUACAUAAUACAUCUAGUUCUUUAUUAAACCUUA